AACUCCAGUUUUCCCAAUCAUUACAAUCCUCAGUGGAGGACCUGCAAAUAGAAAUACAGUAUAUUUAACAUAGUAAAACCCCUAUGCAAUAGGCUGAAAGGAGCUCAACAGGCUGAAAUGUCUUACCUGCAGGGAUUGAGGAGUAGAUACCCAUCCUUCUCCUUCUUGUUCUUUUUAGAAAAUGAACAGAUACCAAGCUCACAGAAUGUUUCUUAUUGAAGCCUUUUUUUGACGCUCCACCCAUGAAUGUAUCCACCUAUAUCAGUCAGUGGUUCAGUCUGACAGACUUUAAACCUGGUCCAGAGACUCGAGUGAAACCUGCCGGCUGUCUGUUUUCUGCUCAGCAGAUGAAAUGGAUUCUAACAAAUUACCACCACGUAACAAAUUACCACCACCAUAUCAGCACACUGUUGCUUUGUUUGGAAAAAGCAUUGAGUUCAGAAACUUCAUUGGAAAGAAGAUCCUCAAUGAUGAUCGUGUUUUUGUCCAAAUGUCAAAAACCUUUGUCGUGGAAACAAAUGACUCAUUCAAAAUCAUAAAUACCCCUGAUUUCUUUGAUGAAGAAUGUCUGUACCCGGACCAGAUGGCGAUAGACUUCAUGGCGUUGUCUCAUCCUGGCCUUGGUCUGGUCAUACUGGCCAUCGAGUCAGAAAACAGCCAAGAAGAAGAAGUCGACGCCCAAAUCAGGAAACUGAAAGAUACCUUUGGAGAGCAAAUCACGACACACCUGGUCAUCAUGUUACCGGAGAAUUCUAGUUUGGAAUCAAUAUAUCAUCUGAAGCAAAGUUUCAACAUUUGGUGUGCAAACCCAAAUCUGCCCAGUGAAUGUAAGAAGUGGUGUUCUGAACGCCAGCGAUUCCGGUACAACUUCAAAAACUACAGUGAAGACGUCGUGAUAAGAAGAAAAACAGACUUAGAGAAGAUAAGAUAUGAUGGCAUUCCUCUGUAUCCCCUUAAAAGAGCAGGAUCCAACCCCAUGACACCGUCCACCUCACAACCUGCAAGAGCAGAACCUGAACAGCCUGAUGCCUCUGCUCCACCUGCUCAAGAAGCAGCACCUGAACAUCACAAUGGAUCCAACCCCAUGACACCGUCCACCUCACAACAAACAAGAGCAGAACCUGAAGAGCCCGAUGCCUCUGCUCCACCUGCUCAAGAAGCAGCACCCGAACAUUACAAUGGUAUCAGUGCCUGGGAACAGCAGGACAACAUGUUUAACAUUGUUAUGCUAGGACUGACGGGGACUGGAAAGAGUGCAUCCGCUAACACCAUCCUGGCUGCUGGGAACUCAAAAAAACACUUUCUAUCUAAGUCAAGCUCCUUGCCGGUCACCACCCAGUGUGAGGAAAAAAUAGUGAAGAGGCUCUGCGGGACGCAGGUGAGAGUGGUUGACACCCCGGACUUCUUAAACGACCAACUGAACAUCUCCCAGGGACAGGUAGAGGAGUGUAAGAGGUACUGCCAGCCAGGUCGGUGCGUGGUCUUACUCGUGUUACAGCUGAGCCGGUUUACAGAUGGUGAGAUAGGAAUAUUAGAAAAGCUGGAAAAAAAGCUUGACUGGAAGAUCAGGGAGAGCACAAUCGUCCUGCUGACACACAAGGAGGACCUGGAAGGAGGUCUGGAUGAGUAUAUCAAUGCGCAUGACGGCCUCAAGAGCAUUGUUGAUAUGUGUGGCAAACGUGUUCAUCUUUUUAAUAAUACCUCACACGAUACUAAGCAAGUCACAGAGCUCAUCAAGAAAAUUCCAAACUAUGAAAAUAUUUUCCCAAAGUUUACAGAAAAACAGUGUUGUGUCUGUUAGCUGGGCUACACACGCUGAUCAGUGCACUCCAAAUGGGCAAAUGACGUAAAACGAGUAUUCUGUGGAUUAACACAGCAUCAUCUGACGCAAAAUAGACAAAAUGUUUACAAUUGUUGCAGAACCAUUGAUAACUUUUGAAGUCCAUACGUUACCCACAAUGCAACUCUCCCGCCCACAGUUCAGCCAAUUCAGAUGCGCUGUGCUAGUAGCGGCUAAUGUAGCCUAGACCCACUAGCCUCAAGCAGAGAGGAGGAGUGGGCUAUCAUUUUUUCAUUUAUCAUUUAAAGUCUUCAGCCCUAAAGAUAAUUUAUCUCUUGCUGUAGAAACUAAAGGCAACUUUUAGGCAAUUACUCCCCAAGACCUGUUAACAGAUGUUCUUCUUUGAUUUCAAGUGCAUAUUUUAAAGUUGUGUUCUCUACUGCCCACUAUUUUAUCAUAAUUAUUAUGCUAUCUUUUUCAUCAGAGUACUUUUAUGUGUUGUUUGUGUUUGAUUUUAAAUCAACGUAUAUCACAUUACACAUACCAAUGCGUGAGCGAGCCUCUGCCUCCUGGGGAUGGUGGAGGAUGUUGUUACUGUUGCUACUGCUACUGGUGGGUAACUUGCAUCUGUUAUUGUAGAAAUUGUAGAAAUUAUAAAUGCAUUUGUAAAAAUGCCAUGAAUGUAUGACAAAAACUGGAUGCAGGAUUCCAACAUGGUCUUUAGCUAAGUUCUAAGAAGUAGAUUCCAGUCCAGAAAAGUCCAGAAAAUGUGUGUGUCCUGAUCACGGCCCUGAUGAAAGACGUGCUCGUCAGAUGCUCGUCACACCGUGCUGACGUACUGUACUGUGCCAUGAAGUCCAUCCUCCCAUCUGUAUAGGUACUUGCAUGGUAAGAUAAUGACUUCAGGUUCCUCUGCAGAGUAAACUCAGGGUCUUUUGUUUGAAUAAAGAUCUUAAUUAUAGAACCA